GCGGCUCCAGGGUUCCCCCUGCUGGUUAUCGCGAAAGAGCGGCGAGUUUCCUGAGCGAGGGAGGAUCCUCCGCGCGAGCGAGCAGACUGUGUCAUCGGUGCUGCUCUCGGACCAUGGAGUUGAGAGCCGAGCUUUUAAAGUCCAUCUGGUACGCCUUCACAGCCCUGGACGCGGAGAAAAGCGGCAAAGUGUCCAAGUCUCAGCUGAAAGUUCUCUCUCACAACCUUUACACUGUGUUGUGUAUCCCCCAUGACCCUGUGGCUCUGGAGGAACAUUUCAAAGAUGAUGAUGAUGGACCAGUAUCAAGUCAGGGAUAUAUGCCAUAUCUCAACAAGUACAUCCUGGACAAGGUGGAAGAAGGUACUUUUGUCAAGGAGCGGUUUGAUGAACUUUGCUGGACAUUGUCAGCAAAGAAGAAUUACAAGCCAGACCGGAAUGGGAACAGUGUUGUAUCCUAUGAUGAUGCUUUCAGGCUCUGGUGUCUCUUUAAUUUCCUGUCUGAAGACAAGUACCCUCUUGUUAUGGUUCCAGAUGAGGUGGAAUAUCUCUUGAAGAAGAUUUGCACAGCGAUGAGCAUUGAGCUCAACAAUGGGGAAUUAGAUGAUUACUUUUCUCAAGAAACCCAGCAGCAGAGUGGCUUGACAGUUUGGCAGUUCCUAGACUUGGUAAAUUCAGGUCGGUUCCUGCGGGGGAUUGAGCGUGAUGCUAUCAGUAUGGCAAUUGAAGAAAUCUACCAAGAGAUCAUCGGCGAUGUGCUCAAACAGCAGGGCUACCUGUGGAAGAAAGGUCAUUUGAGGAGGAACUGGUCUGAGCGAUGGUUUACUCUAAAGCCCAGUGAACUCUCUUACUAUGUGAGUGAGGAACGGAAGGAGAAGAAGGGGAGCAUUUCUUUGGACAGAAAUUCAUGUGUGGAGAUUUUGCCUGACAAAGAUGGGAAACGGUGUAUGUUCUGCGUGAAAACUGCUUCGCGGACAUAUGAAAUGAGUGCAUCAGACACCAAGCAAAGGCAGGAGUGGACACUUGCCAUCCAGAUGGCAAUCCGACUCAAUGCAGAGGGCAAGAAGUCCCUGCACAAGGAUUUAAAGCAGAAGCGGCGAGAACAGCGGGAGCAGCGAGAGCGCAAGAAGGCUGCUAAAGAAGAAGAGAUGCAACGCCUGAAACAGUUGCAGGAAGAGAAGGAGCGCAAGCUGCAAGAACUGGAGUUGCUGAAGGAGGCUCAGCGGCAAGCUGAGUUUUUGCUCCAGGAAGAAGAGCAGCGGCGCCAGCAACAGCAUGAGGAAAUGCAGAGGACGCUGGAGAUACAGCUAAGGGAGGCUGAACAGGCCCGUGCUUCCAUGCAGGCGGAGAUGGUUCUGAAGGAGGCAGAGGCUGAACGUCAGCGCAAGCGCAUCACAGAACUGGAGAACAUGCAGCAACGACUCCAAGAUGCACUGCAGCAGGAAAUUAAAGCUCGUCAAGAUGAGGAGGCUGUGAGAUAUGCACAGGCCAGAUUGCUGGCUGAGGAGGAAGAAAAGUUGAAACAGCUCAUGAAGCUGAAAGAAGAGCAAGAGGAGUACAUUAUCAAGGCUCAGCAUGAAAAGCUUGCCCUCAAGCAAGAGAUGGAAAACAAGAGCAAGUUUCUGGAAGAGGCCCAACAGCAGUUAGAAGUGGUGAGAUUUAACCGAGAGAGGAUGGACCAAGAUGUUAUGCUGGCUCAGCGGAAGCUCGAACAAGCCAGCACCAAUGUAAAGCAUUGGAAUGUACAGAUGAAUCGACUGAUGCACCCCAUUGCACCAGGAGAGAAGCGUACCAUGACAAGUGGAGGGUUUACUGGCUUCAGUCCUGCACUCCUAUCUAGGAGAGAUUCCUCCCUCAAACUAAAGCAGAAUCUGGAAAAGAAGAAAUCUGAUGCUGUGAAGAAUGAAAGCAAAGAAAACAUAAAUGGAGAGACUGAGACCCAGAUGCAGAUGCCUGAUAAUAAGCCCAGCUCAGAAGCCCUCUGAUUAGCCACAGAAGUGAGGCAAUUGACUUGUUGGAAAUUUAGGGACCAGGAAUUAAACAUCCUUAUAGUUUGACCAUCUGUAGAUAUAGAUACAGAUACAUAUGAAUACCAGACAGAUAUAAAGUUUGUAUAGGGAAGUGUGCUGUUGAUUCUACUCUGUUAAGUCACAGGCUAUGCUGACAGUUUGCUUUAGUGCACUAGAGCUGCACCCAAUGUAUAUAAUAUGGACAAAUGGAAGUUUCUUUACCCUAAGUAUAGAAGGAUGGUUCUUUGGGCUUCCCUAUGGUAUGCUAUAUUUGCUCUCAGCAAAUGGAGAAAUGUCCUAGUCAUACUGUAUCAUAUUGCGCUAUUAUGAGCUUGAGGAAUUCCUAACAGCUGUUGUUGCUGGUGGUAACCACUGCUGCAGUGUUCCAAGAAAUCUGUCAUUCUCUUAAACACAUUUUUAAAUGGUAAAAUAUGCAUUUCACACUC